AUGGAUCGUUACCAGAGAGUGGAGAAGCCGAAAGCAGAGGCACCUAUCGAUGAGAACGAGAUUCGCAUUACCAGUCAAGGCAGGAUGCGUAAUUAUAUCACUUAUGCCAUGACUUUGCUUCAGGAGAAGGGCUCGAAUCAAAUAGUCUUUAAGGCAAUGGGGAGAGCCAUUAACAAGACUGUAACAAUUGUGGAGUUAAUUAAGAGAAGAAUUGUCGGUCUUCAUCAGAAUACAUCAAUUGGAUCCACGGAUAUAACAGAUAUGUGGGAGCCUCUUGAAGAAGGACUUCUUCCAUUGGAGACAACUAGGCAUGUGUCUACGAUCACUAUAACCCUUUCGAAGAAAGAAUUCAAUACAUUAUCUGUUGGGUAUCAGCCUCCAUUACCAGCUGACCAGGUGAAGGCGUCCAUAAAAAUUGAUCCUGAAGGAGAGGGCUCAUCUAAUGGACAAGGUAGGGGACGUGGUGGUAGAGGCAGGCCAAGGAGUAGAGGAGGGAAUAGUUUUGUCUCUGCUGAGUAUGAGGCUGGAGGCUGGGAUAGUAAUCGUGGCUAUGCUAGGGGCAGAGGUCGAAGCCGUGGACGUGGUUCCCGAGGCCGUGGACGUGGAGGAUAUAAUGGACCUCAGGUUGAUAGGUUGGAAGAUGGAGGCUACAAUUAUGAAUCCCCUCCCCAAGGUGGCCGUGGUCGUGGUGGUGGCCGUGGAAGAGGAUAUCGUGGAAGGGGCCGUGGGAUUAGGUCUAAUGGGCAAAUUCAGGCAGCCGCAUGAGGUGGUGGUGGCAGUCGUUGAACUAAAUCAGAAUGGUGUCGGAUGCAUGCCCAGUUACAUGUUUUAUGAGGGCUUUUAUUUAUUUAGCUUUAGGUCCGUUUAUUUUUUCCCGUCGUUCGUUACUAGCAUUUUUAACUUUAGGAUGUGUAGAUGGGUAGAGACUAGCAUUGUUGCAUUCAGGUUUUUCUAGUGCAGUGCUGCCUCACCGCACAAGAGGCGGACAUUGUUUAUUUUUGUAGCCAAGUGUCUAAUGAUAUGUUUGAACAAGUAUAGGCUUUUAUUUGACAGAAAUCUUCCC